CGUACGUUCUGCGUGCGCGAUGGAAAAAUCAACUGAAACUUCGUGCAAUUUUCUGGACUUCAAUAAAAUGUCGAAAGUGAAAAAAGUUCUAGAUGAUGCGAAGGAGCAAAACAAUCCUGAAAUUGAUCUGGUGGACAAGGGAAUCACCUCAUUUGAAGAAAUGCCUAGUCUCCUUAUCCUACAGAAUAUCACUCGAUUGACGUUAAGCCAUAAUAAAAUAGUUGUUGUCUCUCCUGUCAUUGCAAAUCUGCCUAAUCUUGAAACACUUAAUCUUUUCAACAAUCAUAUUGAGGAUCUUCCUACUUCUAUAUCAUCACUACCAAAGUUAAAAAUUUUAAACCUUGGAAUGAACAGACUUUCUACUUUGCCUAGAGGAUUUGGUGCUUUUCCUCAGCUUGAAGUAUUAGAUUUGACUUACAACAACUUAAAUGAAAAGAACUUGCCUGGAAAUUUUUUUUAUUUAGAAACGCUGAGAGCUUUGUACCUUGGUGAUAAUGAUUUUGAGUGUUUGCCUCCUGAGAUAGUUCAGUUGAAAAACCUACAGAUUCUAGGCCUAAGGGAUAAUGAUCUUCUGAACUUACCCAAAGAAAUUGGAGAGCUAGCAAGGUUAAGAGAGUUACAUAUUCAAGGGAAUCGACUCACAUUUCUACCACCUGAACUAGGCAACAUUGAUCUUUUAGGUCAGCAUUGUGUUGUAAGAAUGGAUAACAAUCCUUGGGUUACUCCAAUAGCUGACCAAUUGCAACUAGGUAUAACUCAUGUGAUAGAAUAUAUACGAUCUGAUACAUACAAAUAUUUGUUCAGUCGACAGCAACAAGGAAGAUCACCACCUCCUAAACGCAAUGAUAAAACCAAAAAAAUAAGCCGCAAAAGGGACCACAAUUAAAUCUUGUGCAUUUUAUGAUUGCAGACAUUUUUCUGUAUUGCUGUAUUUCUGUAUAUAGACAUUAAUUAGCAUGCUUACUGACUAUGUAUGUUUUGUUACUAUGUAUGGAGAUAUACUUGUAAUGUUUCCUAACUUGUGCUCUUGAAAUUGUGUAUCUUAAUAUUUUGUAACAGCUAUUUUGUUUCUAAAUCCUAUUCUUGAUGAAAACAUGUAUUUAUUACAUGAAUAUUUGAUGUAUAGUGAAAUUGACUUUAUGACUAAGUAUGAAAAAUUAUCAUAAAGUCAUUUUCUUUAUUUACUCGUAGUCAUGUCUUUACAUACAUUUUACAGAGAAAUUGACUUAUUUAAUGUGAUUUUUUAUUAGUGCUAUAUGCUUGACUAAUUUCUAUAGUGCAAUUUUCUUCUCGAAAUCCAUACUAAUUUGCAAUUCAUAUGUAGAAUUAUAAUUCUUAUUUGUGUAUCACUAUGCAUUCUCUUACAUCUUGAUAAAUGUGCCUUUUUUAAACUCGAAGAUGUUUUCAUGUGAUAUAAAAAGUAAAAACUAACAAAUGCCACUAAACAAACAAAUUUGUAAGAAAUCUGUCUACAGUGGAAUGCUGAUUAUAUAAAUCUCAAACCCAGAUUUAGUUUGGAUAUCGACAAGCUUCCUAACUACGGCUGUCCCUUGCCACAUCGUGCUUCAACUUUAGAGGUUUCACUCUAGCAUGUUUUUUUUAAAUGUAUAUUUUUAUAUCCUUUUCCAAUGGGUUUGUUAACUCUUUCCUUCCCAAGUAACAGAAUAUUACUUUUAAGGAAGGCCAUUCAUUCUAUUAGGGGAGAAGCUAUAGUAAAGUCAGUUGAGGAGCGGAAGGAAAAAUCGUUUUGAACAUGUGGCAAACCCUUGCUAGCCUGCUGAACUACUAUACUUUGUUAUAUGUAAUAUAAAAAGUGUAAAAAUAAAUUGACAAGAAUCUGUAACCAAUCAGAUACAAUAAACAAGGGUGGACUGUAUACCAAGAUGUUUGAAAGACAUUUUUAUCCAGGGGAACUUUUUUAAUGCAGCAAAUGAAUGCUUUUAUGAAAUUCAAAAGUGAAUAGGUGGAGUUAAAAAAAAUAUUGUUUCCUUCAUACUACAUUCAAGCUUUGAACUAGCAGCCUAUAAUACUGUGUGUUAAAAAUUAUGUGAUUUCUUUGGAUCUUUUUCUUUAUUUUUUUACACUUAAAUUAAUUUUUUAAACAUUCUUUAUUAUUUUCUGGACAGUGGGAAUUAAUAAUUAAAGAUAUUAAUUUCUUUCUCUGGACAUUAUUUUUGAUAUGGCCUAUGAAUCAUUUUUAAACGUGUUAGUUGAAAAGGAUCAGCAUUUUCCUGCUUAUGAAACCUUUCAAUUGUUGUUUCUAAAAAUUCAAAGUUUCAAGUUAUUUUGUGAUAGACCCAGACCCUUUUCAGAGCAUUUGGCUUCGUUUUCCCGAGUUUCUUUUUCAUCUCAAACACAUGUAUGAAUCUCAUUAUCAUUCAACAUUUGAUAUCUAUGAUCAUCUGCAUCACUGUUCAACCAUUCAUAAAUUUAAAUAGGAUCCUUCCUUAAUUAAAUUAGAAAACUUGUUUUCAUGUCCAUGACCCCUCUGCCACUCUUUCGCUAUUUAGUUAUUAACUUGUUACUUAAAAAUACUUACACUGAGCAAGGGAAUAUUUUGGAUUUGAUGUAAGCUUAUUUAUUUUUUUCUUUCUGUUAAAAAAAGGUGAGAGGCUCAAUCAUAUUUUUACUUUAAAAAGAAGAUAUAUAUGGUGUUUUUGGAUAUUUGAAAGUUUUGUUGGAGUUUUUUAGCUGAGCUCUCUUGUGCUUAAAAAUUCUUAUUUUUAUUAAAACAUAUUUCUAAAAUUUUAUGUCAAUUGGCCCUUAUUUAAGGUGUUUAAAAUUUCAAUUGAAGCAUUUUAUAUUAUACAACAUAUUAUGCAAUCAGAAAAAAAUAAUAGCGUGAUGAGAAAGCUUUUUUAAAUUUAAAUGAAAUUUUCACUAAACUAUGCUCAAGGUUUAAUGAGUUUAAAUUUAGAAGGAAACAGAAAGAGUCAUUCAUGUCUUUACAAUAGUAGUGUUCCAAAAUUAGAAUGUGUUUGCUAUUCCAAAAUAUCAAUAUAAAGGGCUUAUGGCUUAUUUGAAUUCAUCCCUGCAGUUACUUGAGCCCCCAAAGUCUCUUUAAUAUCGUCGCUAAAAAGACAAAUGGGUGUAUCUCACUUUUAAGCAUUUUUCAGAAAACCAAUUAAAAGAUUUCUAAUUUACUAUAUUGCUUAAGAACUGCCAUCAGUGUGAGGGGCUGUAACUUUUUUACUAUUUACUGUCGAGAUACCCCCAUUGGUCAUAUUAUAAAAUCAACUUUGGACAUUUCUGUGAUGGUCAUAACUCAUUUUUUAAUUUUUUUCAAAUAUGCCCAUUUGUCUUUUUAGUGAUGAUAUGAAUGUUAGUUGAAUUGUGCCAUUUUGUGUUUAUUUUGUUAAUAUGCACGAAUUUGUUGUUACUUUUUGUUUGGUAUCAAGUGCAAGCUUUUCCUUUUUGCAUUCAUGUGUAUUUUAGGCAAUUUCUUUGUUUAUAAAAAACUACGUUGUGAGACAGUGGUGUGGACUAGAUUGUGGUAGUCUCACAUCCAUUGCAUUUGUUUUUUAUUCCAUUCAGAAAAGCAGUAGUAGACAAAUAGCACACGAUGAACUACUCAAAGGUCAGAAAUUACAGUCAGAUCAAAAGCAGAAAUCAAACUCACCAAAUGCACUUGGAAGUGUCACCAGUAGCAAUAUUGCUUGAGAACAGGGGCCCCAUGUCAGUUUUUAUUUAUCUGUGCCAAAAGUUUUCUGAAACUGAAGUAAUCAGACCAUCAAGUCUGAUAAAAUUAUUUUGCACUACUUUUCCUGUUCUUCCAAAAGUGGUACCACUCAAAAAGCCUAGCAGUAUUUUUGUAAGUCUUGUUGCAUCUGUUGAAAGUUUAAUGUACAUUGUUGUUGUUUUUAAUGCUAUUAAAAAGUAUUUUUUGAAUCUGAA